AUCCACUAUUUGGAAUUUUCUCGCAUGCCAAACAAUAAAAUGGAAAAUUUCGCUGUCAUUCGCAUUCGAUAAGUUCCGCCGCUAAAGCUCUGGGUUCCAAGCCUCCGUUACCGCCUGCGAUUCGCACCGACGAGAGUCCCUAUUGCAAUCAGAACCAAUGGAGGAAGACACUGCCACUGAGAGAAAGGAAGACUUUGGAAAAAUGCAAUACGGAUGCGAGCAUUACAAGAGACGCUGCAAAAUUCGAGCCCCAUGCUGCAACCAGAUCUUCCCAUGCCGCCACUGCCAUAACGAAGCCAUGACAUCUUUGAGCGACCCCAAGGAUCGUCAUGAAAUUGUUAGGCACGACAUUAAGCAAGUGAUAUGUUCGGUUUGCAAUGAGGAGCAGCAGGUUGCUCGGGUUUGUUCCAACUGUGGUGUCAACAUGGGGGAAUAUUUUUGCGAUAUUUGCAAAUUCUAUGAUGAUGAUACUGAGAAGCAGCAGUUUCAUUGUGAUGAAUGUGGAAUUUGUAGAGUUGGUGGCCGAGAGAAAUUCUUUCAUUGCCAAAAGUGUGGAUCCUGCUAUUCAGUGGAUCUGCGUGAUAAUCACUUAUGUGUAGAGAACUCUAUGAGGAGUCACUGCCCCAUCUGUUUUGAGUAUCUUUUUGAAUCAGUUAAAAGCACAACGAUUAUGAAAUGUGGACACACAAUGCAUGUAGAAUGCUACAUUGAAAUGGCAAAUCAAAAUCAGUAUCGUUGUCCCAUCUGCUCCAAGUCCAUGAUUGACAUGUCAAGAUCCUGGGAAUUAUUAGACUGGGAGAUUAGAGCUACUGCCAUGCCUGAGGAAUACAGUCAUGAGGUCUGGAUCCUCUGCAACGACUGCAACAAGACUUGCAAAGUCUUGUAUCACAUUCUGGGGCACAAGUGCAGUUCCUGCAAUUCAUACAACACCCGCAAGAUUGCAGCCCCAGAAGAUCAUGAAUGACUGCACCAAAAGGAAAACCAUCAAUAACUACUACUCCCACAGGGGACUUUUCCUUUGUGACGGGUACUCUUUGUUGCCUACUAAUGUACUGCAGAAACCAUUUUGAUUGAGAAACAACCAAUGCUUCUUCAAUCCUUCUAAUCGAUAGAUGGUCAAUGUGAUAAAUUACAGCUUAAAUACAACAUAAAGUCUUGUUUUUUCUACUCA